AUGGCCAAUGUAGAAGCAAUACCUGCCUACCUCGCUGCAACCUUUCCCACACUGCCUUCUGAAAUAAAGGACUAUGUUUCCUCAAUUCUCAAAGAAAACGUCGAUGAGCUCCUGACUCUUGAAGAUGUUGUUGAAGCAGUAGGAGACCAUAUCCAAAGCUACGUCCAAGAGCUGUGUAACGAUGGAUUGAAUCGAACAUGCCAACAACUUCUACAAUUUCUUCACGGCGAAAAUCUUCCCAAAGUCGAAAAACAUGGAGCGACCACGAAAAAGUUGGACCAGGCUGUGGAUAUGGCUGCAGAAAAUCACAGCUUUGCUGAGAUGGAGAGUAUAUGGAAGGUGCAAGCAAGAGACGUGCCGACGUCAGUGGACAAGAAAAAGUUGGGAAAAGCUGAAAACCGUGCGGCACAGAAGAUCGAGCAGCGCGAUGCUGAGCCUAUUGUACGAAAAAAGAGACCCGAAAGUACAGCAACUGCCUCUCAGGCACCAGUAAAGGAUCUUGGUGCUCGCGGCUCUAACGUGAAAGACGUGAAAUUGGAAAGCGUCGAUAUAUCAAUAGGCACAAAGCAGCUGCUAUCGUGUGCUGAUUUGACUAUGGCAUAUGGACGUCGAUAUGGCCUUGUUGGUCGCAACGGUAUAGGAAAGACAACUCUUUUAACAAUGAUAUCGAGUGGGCAGUUGCGAAUACCAUCAGGAAUCAGUCUGCUGGCUGUAGAGCAAGAAGUUGAUGGUGACGAUACUAGAGUGAUAGAUGCCGUGCUGGCAUCCGACACUAGGCGGCAAGCCAUGAUCGAUAAAGAACAUGUCUUGCAAGCGAGGCUGAACAAAGAGAACAUAUCAGAGAAUGAGAAGAAUAAGUGGCACGACGAGUUAGCAAAGUUGUACCACGAAAUGGAAAGCCUACAGCUAGACAAGGCGCCGGCUCGAGCAGCUUCAAUUCUUUACGGUCUAGGAUUUACACCAGAUGAGCAGAAGAAACCUACAAAAGAGUUUUCUGGUGGUUGGAGAAUGCGUGUUGCCCUUGCUCGCGCUCUGUUUGUCAAACCUGAUCUACUGCUUCUCGAUGAGCCUACUAACAUGUUAGACAUGAGAGCAGUUUAUUGGUUGGAAGGCCACUUGCAGCAAUGGGAGGGCACUAUUCUGACAGUUUCCCACGACCGAAAAUUUCUUAAUGAAAUUUGUACGGAUAUUGUUCAUCUGCACACAAGAAGACUCGAUCACUACAGAGGAAAUUAUGACACUUUUGAAAAGACUAUGAAAGAGAAGCUUACACAGCAACAGCGGGAGUAUGAAGCGCAACAAACGCUGCGGCAGCAUACGCAGGAAUUCAUAGACAAAUUUCGUUACAACGCAAAACGGGCGGCAAUGGUACAAAGUAGGAUAAAAAUGCUCGAAAAACUGCCUGUACUUCACGCAGUGGAACUGGAUGCAGAUAUCAUAUUCAAAUUUCCUCAGUGUGAAGUGCUUAAUAACCCUGUGUUACAACUGGAUGACGUUUCGUUCAGGUAUAAUAAUGACGCACCAUUCUUAUUCCGAAAGCUGAACCUUGGAACUCAUGCCAAUUCGCGUAUCUGUAUCGUUGGUGAAAACGGCUCAGGAAAAACAACACUUUUAAAACUUCUUCUCGGUGAACUUGAGCCAACGCAUGGUAUGCGAAAUGUAAAUAGACGCAUUAGGAUUGGGUAUUUCACACAACAUCAUGUCGAUCAACUCGAGAUGGACAUGACUGCCAUUGAAGUUCUAGCGCAUAACUAUCCAGGAAAAUCCCAGGAAGACUAUCGCACAGCGCUGAGUCACUUUGGUCUGACGGGCGACAUGGCCCUGCAGUCAGUCUAUACAUUAUCCGGAGGGCAAAAGUCACGACUUGCGUUUGCUAAUAUCGCAAUGUUGAAUCCGAACUACCUCAUUUUGGACGAACCUACAAAUCAUUUGGACGUUGAGACAGUAGCGGCUCUUGGAGCCUCUCUGAAUGCCUUCAAUGGAGGCGUGGUUUUAGUAUCCCACGAUGAGCAACUUAUCGAAAUGGUUUGUAAGGAACUCUGGGUAGUGAAGGAUCGAAUGGUGGUGAACCUUGAAGGAGGUCUCGCGGAGUAUCGUAAACAGGUCUAUAAGCAGCUCCAACUGAUCUCCUAA